GCAGCGACAGAUCCUUGCAGUUGAUAGGCUUGGAACAGAAACAGGCUGUCUUUCACUUGGGUUGCUAGUAGCUGCCAGUGUUUGAAGGGUUUGUACCGGGAAGGAGAGUGAGAGAGACAGAGAAAGACAGAGGCACUGUAUUGAGAAGAUUUAAAAUACACCUGUGUGUGUGUGUGUGUGUGAGUGCAUGUGUGAGGUUUUGAGACAAAAGUCUGACUCUGGAGAAAACAGAACAGUGUGCCGUGUGUGCGUGUGUGUGGGGGUUGUAGUGUGUGUGUGGUGUGAGAACUGAUUUCCAUUCCCCAGCAUGAGUUUUAAGAACAGGAGGUUCUCAUUGGACAGCUUUGCGUUCCCGGAGGGGGGUGGAGGCUUGCUGGGGGUCCGCAGGAGCAGCAAGGGCAGGAGGAGCUCUGAGAAGUUUCUGGAGGAGGCCAGGCCCUCUGAGGGCAGGACGAGUCUGGGGGAGGCCAGGCCCUCUGAGGGCAGGACGAGUCUGGGGGAGGCCAGGCCAGACGUCCAGGAGCUGGGAAGGAGCCUCAGCAAGAGUAACUCCAUACGGUCCCACACCAUAGAAGAGGAGGGCUUGGAUCGGGGGGGUCCAGACGGGGUGCAGACCUAUGUGAAACACAACAAAUCCUUCCACAAACUCUUCCAGGACAUCCCUGAGGCCGAGAGUUUGACACAUGUGUUCACCUGUGCCCUGCAGAAGGAAGUGCUUUAUCACGGGAAGCUCUUUGUGUCGGAGAACUUUGCGUGUUUCCACUCCUCAGUCCUCCUCAAGGAGACCAAGGUGGUGCUCCAUGUGUCCAACAUUAAGGAGGUGAAGCAGAAGUCCGCCUUGUCCAUGCUGUCCAUCAGGACUACAGAGGGAGAAAAGCAUUCCUUUGUUUCUUUAAGGAACCGUGAAGUGUGUUACAAACUCCUGCAGUCUGUGUGUCCACACACACAGGUUGAGAGUCGUAACAGUAGUCCUCACGUUUCAUCUGCAGAGAACAGCCCGGAACCGGACAUGGACACAGUCUCAAGCCACUCCAGCCUGGAGGGCAGUAGCCAUUCUCCUGGCCCAGACCACAGAGUACAUGGGAUGAAUGGUUCUACUCCUAGAAGCAGCACCAGCAGAGAACUGGGAGAACAGAUCUCAGACCAAGAAGAAACAGGUGACUUGUGGGUACAGAACAUAAAAUCAUUCCUUCCUCCGAGAGAGAUUAGCAACCUCAACACUCUUAUCUACAUCUUUCUGCUUCUGGUGAUUCUGCUCUUGUUGUCAUCUGGGUACAUCGGUCUUAGGAUAUCAGCGCUGGAGGAACAACUAAGCUCUCUGGGUGCACUGUCUGAACUUUCCCUGCACCACACAGAGUACAAGAAAACGUAGCCGGUGAUGGCAUGGGAAAAAGAGUUUUACAACAGGAAGUCUUGGUCUAAAUUGCAGCUUUUUCCUCAUACACGCUAGAGGGUGCCCCGUCUAGCGUGUCAUUUGACACUUUCAGAAUGACCACUGAGUUAGCUGAAGCAUAAAAGAAGAACACAUCAUGCUGCUCUCCAUCUAGAAGGGCAGAUAGGGUUGGCUGCUCUUAUGUUUUCAGGCAGUGUUGCUACUAACUCUAAAACACUUUUGAGUCAACAGUAAGAUGUUAAAUGAGAAAUAUUGGCAUUAAUUUCUGCAUAUUCAAGUCCAAAGACAUUCCCUGAAAUAUAUUUGGAUAUUAAAAUGUGAAUGAAUGUCUGGAAACAUGGUUGUGUCUGUGGCAUUGCCUAACCAGUAGAGGGCGUUAUAUACUGUCAAUUCUUAACAAAUCUGAGCUUUCCACCAUCAUAUGGUCCUUUAUAUUCAUGCAAUAUACAACAGUGCAUUUUUUAAUACCACUAUGUGCACCUGCUCUCUUCUUAGACCACACACAGGAUUACCAAUAUUGUUUUUAGUAUGAGACAUUCGAAUCCAUCAGAUCAUAAAUCCAAAAAUCCACAUUUUAUUGUCUUUUUGUUUCAAUGAUUGUAUCUGGAGAUUUAGUUGCAUCAUUUAAGUAAAUGAUUAAUUGUAAAUACAAUGUGAUUUUCUAUUAUGUUUUAUGCGUUUAUAAAUUUGAGAGAAGUUCCCAUUUUUGUACAUAACUUGUUUAUUAUUGUCCAUGGUCAAUAAAAAGGUCAAGAUUCAGUCCCAUGAA